GACAACAUGGAAGCAGACGUGCGCUGCCCCUGAGAGCAUGAGGACGGCAGGAAGGCAGAGUUAGGAAAAAAAGUUGGGGGAAAAGGGUGAGAGGAUAAAAGAAACGAACUUAAGCUAUUAAGGGAACGUUAAUGCAUACCAUUCAUGAAAAUAUAUUACUCAUUGUAAGUGGUUUGGUUUCUUUAAAGCACUUCCUGUUUGGGCUUUUGUAGGGUAAGCUAGUGUAAGCUAGCUAGUUAGCUAAUGUCAAACUGUUCACACCUUCGAGUACAUGUUUAUUCUGGUUUCUGAAAUAAUCAAAUAAGUUCAUGAGCAGUAUAACUGUUACGUGGAAUUAAGCCUGUAUUUAUAUAUUAUUGUUAAUAUGCAAGUAAGUUAUUUGUGCACGUGGAUUGUUUGACAUUGCAUGCUAGCUGUCCUAAUCCUACAUGGGAAUCUGUCCAGUUUGGGAAAGUCCUGAAAGCUUUGUGGUCUCUGCGACUCAUUCACAAAGAUAAAUCUUAAGUUGUAUUUACACGCAAACAGUUGGAGCAGACAUGCUGAAAUCCGUCCAGUGUGCCCCCCUGUGCGCUCGUGCUGCGCGUCUGCAAUGCCCCCCUGCCCUUAGACACAGCACUGAAGCAGGAUCUGGCAGGGCUACAUGGCUCGAGUCUCUCUUCACAUGGCUCCAGAAAGCAGGAAGAGCAUGUCCUGAGACCUGCCCCGGAAAGAAGCGAGAAGGCUUGCUAUCCAUCCUGGCUGACCACUGCAGCUUCGUGACUGGACAGAGACUGAGGCGAGCAUUGCAGAUCGCAGAGCUUUACUCGAACCUGUACUCAGAGAGGAGCAGGUGGACGCUGGUGGGCAGCAUAUGGCGCCGGCUGCAGAACAAGCAAGCCCCGACUGGCAAACUGCUGGCUGCACUCGCUGGGGUUUUCAUGUGGGAGGAUGAGAAGAUAAGAGACGACGAGAUGAAGAGGAGUGCAUUGGAGCUCCAAGCUCUGGAUGUAGUGAAAGAGCAGGCAGCUGCUGUUGGUAAGUCUGUGAGUGCGCAGGCUGCUGAUGACUGGGAAAUAGUGAUGGAGAAGAAGACCUUUAAAGUGUGGAGGAGACCGGUUGAAGGGAGCCAUCUGUUUGAGUACCGCGUAUUUGGUUCCUACACUGAUGUUACUCCCAGGCAGUUUUUUAACGUUCAGCUGGACACUGAAUACAGAAAGAAAUGGGACGCACUGGUGAUCAGACUGGAAGUGGUGGACCGAGAUGUGAGCACUGGGUCAGAGGUUGUCCACUGGGCCACACAUUUCCCUUAUCCGAUGUACUCCCGAGACUAUGUGUACGUGCGGCGCUACAAAGUGGAUGUAGAGAACAACCUGAUGGUCCUGAUGUCCAGAGCUGUGGAACAUCCCUCAAUUCCUGAGACACAGGAGUUUGUCCGAGUUCACUCGUAUCGCUCUAGGAUGGUUAUCCGACCUCACAAGUCCUUUGAUGAGAAUGGAUUUGACUAUCUGCUGACAUACAGCGAUGAUCCACAGACCGUUUUCCCUCGCUACUGUCUGAGCUGGAUGGUGUCCAGUGGCAUGCCUGACUUCCUGGAGAAGCUGCACAUGGCGGCUCUCCGAGCGAAGACCCAUGAGGUUGGCAUCCAUGACUACGUUGGCAUGACGAAGCAGGUGCAUCAGGCCCCUCCGGAGCGGCUGGAGGACGGGGUGCACACAACAGCAUCUUCCCAUAUUUACGCUUAAGAGGAAACGGCUGGCUGGAUGUAGAAGUCGAGGGAUAUUUAUAAGACCUAAGAGACCUCCGGUUUGAUUUACAACGAGGCUGUGAUGAGCAGCGAGACAAAGCUUAAGGGGAGCGAGAGAUAGAAAACCAGUCUCUUACUGUGAACAUGCAGACAGCAAAUGAGAAUCAGAGACACUUCUGCUACUUUGGCUGCCAAAAACACAUUUUUAUACUACACUGUGUGUGUGUGUGUGUGUGUGUGUGUGUGUGUGUGAAGUUCUCUCACGUUGAGAUCAGGAACCUGGUACACACGGAAUUCUUUUGUUUGUACUAGUGAAUCAGAAGCAGCUGUGUGUCGUUUGCUCCUGAGAGUUUUACUUCCCCAAACCACUUCUCAGGGAAAGAAAGGAUAAAUAAUAUUAAAUAAAAUAAAGCAGAAGUGAAGGAGCAAGAGCGAUCUCUGCAGACAAACUCGCCAAGCUAGCAGCAUGUCAGUGUUUUUCUCACGAGUUUUACUGUUUCAGUUUCCUGCCGUUUCACUGAAACAUAUGUGUUUCAAAACAUCAAUUGCGUAAUAAAAAAUAUCCAGUUUUCUUUUACACUACGCUUGUUUAAAGAAGGUACGGUAUAUAUUUCAUUUGACACUGAGCAUUUGAUUGAGUGCAAAAGUUUUUAGACCUUGGAGAAGAAUUUCAUUUAUUGACUGCAGUGCAUAAGAAUAAUCGCUUAGUUGUCAACCUUAGUGUCUCUUGGUUAAUAAAAAAUAUAUAUAUAUUUUCAGCAUAAAAGUUGUCCCUCUUGCUGAGAGAUAAUCUGCCUCUGGUCUAGUUAUAACUGCUUGAGUAGCAGGUUUUGCCUGUCACGACCAAUCGUCCUAAUUGUACCUUAUGUUUUUCCAAACUUUUGCACACAAUUCAGUUUUGCUGUCUUUGCGUGUCAAGUACUGUAAUAAUGUGUCAAACAUUUCCCAGUUUGAAUAUAACUUUAUCCUUUCUGCCUGUAGAAGAGGUGUAGGGUCUAAAAAACUCCUUGAGACAUGUGCAGUCUCAUCACACCUCUCAUGUUCCGCUUUACCAGAGCAACAUUGACACACACGCACAUGCUCUCACACGCAUGCACACGCAUAUUGACACUCUGUUCUUUGUGUUUCUCAAAACCAGCUUCCUUUGAGGAAGUGGGGGACAUGUUGUAGCAACCUUGCCGUCCAUGUUGGCACGCUAAAUGUCCUUUACUGUGUCCGUGUUCACGGUUUUCUCUUGAUUUGGCAUCACGUUAUGUCCUUGCUUAUCACUGUUGAACACAAGGAGCUCUCACUUGAUUGGCGGGGGGAAGGUGUCCUAAGGGUGUUUCCUUGAAAGAUAAUUCUAAGUAGUAGAGUAAGAGUGCUAGUGAUAUGAUAUAAAUGCUUAAUUUCAGAUAACUGAUGACAUCAGUUAAUUUGAAUUGGAGCAAGAUUAAAACCCCCGGUGUUUAGACUCAAUUUCUAACCUAAAUAAGCACUAUAAAAAGUGGCACACAGUGCUUUUUAGUAUAUUCAUAAGCACUGAUGAACUAAAGGUAACUAGUUAAAUUAUAUUUGACAUGGAAACACAAAUAGGGUGAUUAUUUAUUUAUUUUUUGCUUUUGUCAAGACUCCUAAGUUCAAAUCCUGGCAUUUCUAAAAGAGGAAAAAAUAAUGUGUAUCAGAGUGCUAGUCUUAAACUAGUUUCUAAAGCCGAACUUUGCACACUGAUCUGACGCACAUAAGAACCAGACAGUGGAAAAAACAACAACCGUAGAUUAAUUUUAAAUGAGUUUUUCACUCACAUGAGAAGAAAAAAAUUAUCUUUACCUAGAAGUAAGUAACGACAUGUACCAGAGUCCGUCAUGACAGAUUCAAGUUCAGAUUGAAGUCCAAUUUUCCUGUUUUGAACUGAAUAUUUAACAUUGGUGUUACUAAGCUGUUGGAACGAACUCAGUAUAUGAUUAACUCCCACCUCCAUUUCAUUCAUGAGUCAGAUUCAAGUGUCAGUCAUACUCAUCCUCUUGUUUUUCACUGUCAUGUCAGUAUUCAAGCUGUGAGCUUAAACCUCAAUUUUCGUCCUUGUGCAAGCUGUUUCAAAUUGCCCUGGGAUACAUCCCGAGUGUCAGGUUCACUUUUGUCUCAAUUUACAUUUUUGAUCAUCUGUAAAUUAUCUUAGAUUCUAUGAAAGAGUGUGUAUGUUAAGUGUUAAGAUUCACUGAAUUGAUGGUAAACAAUGUUUUUCUGCUUUAUCAAGAGGUUAGUGGUUUGUUAAAUUUCAGGCAGCAGAUUUUACCCUGAGCUUCAGUUAGUGUCUUGAGAACAUGAGUGUAUUUAACCUUGUCUUGAUGAUGAUGUUUUUUUUUAAGUAAUUCUGAAAUAUGAGGCAUGUUCAAGUCAAAGUGGGACUUUCGAUUGUUCAGAAAAUCAGAACACGGUUAAGAGAGUAAAAAAUGUUUUUUUGUUUUUUUUUAAGUAGUGCCUGGAUACCAUCAAGGUAGAAAGUUUUAAAAUGCUGGACUCUCAGGAACUCCUUUAGUGGCUACAAACAUGGGAACGUCUUGGGGAGAGUUUCUGUAAUGUGUUGGUGAAUGAUUUUGGGUACAGUUCCCACAGGUAGAUGCGUCUCUUCCGCAAGUAGGUGACAAGGUAUUUGAGGAUCAAGGAUCAAGCAUUCUGCACAAUGAACAGGAACGACUGCAGUGGACUGUUACUCAUUCUUUAUCAUAAUGUUUCACUGCAGCUGGGAGUUUCAUCACCAUACUGGGCUCGAAGUGUUCUGUACAUAUAAGUUUUAUGCCGUCAUUUACCAGAUAUUUCAAGUCCCAGUUUGACUUUAACACCCCCCCCCCAUAUAAUUAAAUGUUACACUGAUUUAUUAAUCCAUGAGUGAUGGCAUAUUAAGGUCAGUGGAGAGCCUUAAACUGUUUAAUGUUAAAGCUUUUCCAAUUUUGUGCUUGGUGUAUAUGUAAAGGUUUUACUCAACGUUUUUUUUUCCUUCAUGCAAAAAACAGUGUGGAAAGUGUGUUGUGUAAUAAUUUCAAGAAAAGUUUAAGAGUGCUGCGCAUCAGAUGAUUUCUUUCUUAAAAUGCUGUAAAUGAACUGGAAAUUCUGGCUUGUCAGACAGUCUAACAAAUCCCGCUUUACAUUUGGCUGACUUUUUUUUUUUUUUUUGUCAAGCUUAGGAAGGAAAAAUAAAUGAUACAGUAACUGCAUUUGUAAACUCAAGUGUUUUUAGUUUUUCCCAUGUAAGUAAUUUGCACUUGUUUAAAUCAGAUUGUCAGAAGUAAGCGAAGCCAAAAUCAAAAUGUUUUGUAACAGUUUGGAGUGUGAAUUUUUUUUUGUUGCUGUUUCUAAAAGUAUGGGGUUUUUUUGGUAUUUGGUGAGUCAAAGCAUAAGAUAAGCUCUUAAAGCAUGCGAUAAGUUUAAGGGAAUUGUAACCUCUGUUUUCUGAAUACUUGUUCAAUUAAAUCAGAACACCUUUUGUUCAGUAUGGCUGUUAGCAAGAGUGUAUGAGGCUUCAUUGAAGGUUUGCUUGUGUCUUUUUCAGGUUUGAAAGUGCUCAGUUUAUAUUUGUAUUAUAUUACUGCUUUUUUUUCAUUCUUGUUUUUUAUGCAACUCCAGACUGAAAUUGUGAUUUUUUUUAAUUAUUAACUUCUGAGUUUGAGAUAAUAAUAUAGAUUAUAAUUUAAUAAUUUGAGGAAGCAGGAAAUGUCAUCUUUUUCUUUUAUUUUCACUGGCAUUUAGAAUCCUUACAAUACUUUGUUAACAUUUCUGAUAUCCAAUACAGUGAUCUAACAAGACCUGUUUGUAGCAUGUUCUUCUUACAUACAUGAUGUGACAAAUUAAAGGACAAACCCAGCAAAAAACA